AUGGAGAACAUCGCUUCCAACGACCUCAUCAUCGAGUACGUCGGCGAGAAAGUGCGCCAAAAGGUGGCCGACCUUCGCGAGAUCAAGUACGACAAGCAAGGCAUUGGAAGCAGUUACCUUUUCCGCAUGGCUGACGACGAGAUCAUCGACGCGACGAAANAGGGUGGCAUUGCCCGUUUCAUCAAUCACAGCUGUACACCCAACUGUACGGCCAAAAUCAUCAAGGUCGACGGCACCAGAAGAAUUGUCAUUUAUGCGCUCAAGGACAUUGCCAAGAGUAAGUUUGAAGACACUUGUUGA